AUGGGCAGCUUCUACCAGAACAAUUGGAGAUGGGAUCUAAACUGGAGGAGACACUUAUUUGAACAUGAGGAGGGAGCAGCUGUAGUUUUCAUGGAACAGAUCACUGCUUAUCCUAUCCACUGUCAUCUGAAAGAUAGCUUACUGUGGAGAGCUGAUCCUACGGGGAUGUACUCUACUAGAUCAGCUUAUAGACUUUUGUCAAAUCUAAAUAGUGCUGCCUCAGAUGGGAGGAGUUUUCAGCUUAUUUGGAAAUUAAAUAUCCCCCCAAAAGCUGCUAUUUUCACUUGGAGGCUUUUAAAGGAUAGGCUCCCCACUCGAGCUAAUCUUCAUAGGAGAAACGUGGGCCUGCAGGAAGUUACCUGCCCUCUUUGCCAUGUCGAGCAGGAGGAGGCAGGACAUCUUUUUUUCCACUGCUCUCAAACUAAUGGCCUGUGGUGGGAAUCCUUGCGGUGGAUUCAGGUUUCUGGAGUUUUCCCUGCUUCUCCAGCAAGCCAUUUUAGCUUAUUUUGUGAUGGUUUAGAUGUAGGGAGACACCAUUCUAGAUGGUGUGGUUGGUGGAUUGCUCUAACUUUUGCUAUUUGGAAGCAUAGGAAUUUACUGAUUUUUCAGGGUAUUCCUUUUGUAUCUUCCAAAGUGAUGGAGGACACCUUAUUCCUAGCUUGGUCCUGGUAUAAAGCUAGAGAUAAAGAUUUUAAUAUUCCUUUUAACCAUUGGUCUUCCAAUCUUGUGGAGGCCUUUGGUUAA